AUUUAGCAGUCUGUUGAAUUGCGGUGAUCACAAAGAUGAGCGUUACGGUCACAAUCCACAAAGGCGAACUAGCGCAAAUCAAACGUCUCAUAGGUGAGGAAAAUGUAAAGAAAGGACAGCUUUAUGGCUUGUGGACCCAUUCAUUUCAGCCAGUUAUUCAGUAUGUUAUCGGUGAACCAAAGCAUGGAGAUGGGACGAAAAUUGAGGAAUGCCUUCAAGAACAACAUUUCUUACAGCACGUGGGAAACUGGAGCACUGUUGGUGAUGGUAAGUAAAAAUUAAACGCCUACAAAGUAUAAUGGCAACUAGAAAAAAUUGAACUUGCCCACUUCCGCUUUUCGAGACUAAGCCGUUUGUUUUUUUACUUAAUGAUGGAGUUUGCGUUGUUUUUGCGUUUAAUAGUCUUCUGUAAAAUGGCGUGUGAAGGAGCCUAAAAACUCAUUUUUUUAGUGCAAGCGUUGUUUCAUGGUAGGCUUUUCAUUUUCCAUAACUUAUGAUGCAGAGAUAUAGAUAAACUAGUUCAACAUGGCACAACCGAUGACUUUUUGACAAAAUAAUGCUUUCACAGUCCAGUAUAUUCCAUUUUAUAAUUUUCAUUAAAAGAAAAAGAUCUAUGGUAACCGCCGUCUAGAUUAAACUGUUUUAAACGGUCUUCCUCUAAUUGGCAACAAAAUUGUUUUCGGAGAACAAAACAAUCACCACCCGACCACUCCCUCCUCCCCUCCAGUCAAAGCUGGGGUGUUUGUUGUUUCCUACGGGUAGCCGGCUUAAACAGCAGCAAAACAUUGCAUUAAGGGGGUGGGGGAGGGAGCUUUAUUUUCCCCUUUAGAGCAAUGGAUCUCAACCAACUUUGUCGCCGAUUGUCUGUCUAGUAGACUCGCUUUUCUGCAAAUUCAUUUCCCGUUCAAAAGCCCAAUGUAGGGUCGUUGGGGGAAGCGCGAUGGUGUGUGACGAUGUUUUCACACAACCCUGCAGCUUUCUUUUAAUGCAAUGCUUUACAAUGGCGUCGGGAAUCCGAACUUCAGGUUACAGAGAGGGAUUGUAAGAAGCUUGUUAUGGAGCAAACUAUCCGCACUACAGUUUAAGAUAGAGGAACCCAUUACAUAAAUAGCCCAUUAAAGAAGAGGUUGAAUUUAGUACUGUUACGAUCAAAAAUUGCUUUUUCAGCAUGCAUACUUCCAUAAAAUAAGCACAAGGACGUUUUAGCAUCUUAACAAGGUCAUCCUCAGGGAAGUAUUUGUUUACAAGGCAACGGUACCAAACAAACACCUCUGUCAGUUUAUAUGGUCUUACUUGUCUUCAAUGUUACUUUAUAGGUGUUAACCUCUCCAGUAAGAAAGCAGGCAAAGCGCCACCUUCUUUCCUAAAAAUGACCGUCGAAGUGGUAGACAACGAAACCAUAAAAGUGAAGCCGUGUGUUUUCCAGGAAAACUCCAAUUACGAGAAGGGAUUGGACGGACUGCUUGGUAUUUUUAAGUUCUUCUUAUUCACUUAUUUUCAAUAUUUAUUUAUUUAUUUAUUUAUUUAUUAACCUGAUCGUCAAAAAUAAUUGCACGCACAAGAAAAUAUCUUGUACAUAAAACUUUUGAAAAGUUAUCUGGACAAAAAAUAGAAAACUAGUUUUGGUAUGGCCUUGCGGCAAAUCUAAAUGAUUUCCAAAAUGUUAGCAUAAGCCUAUAACAUGCUAGCAAGUGGACGAAGCUCGUCGGAAAGGAUAAGGCAACGGCUGAAUAAUUCAAAUGGAACUCCUUUCGCUAGCAAAUGUAAAGUCAAUAACACCUUUAAAAUGUCCAGGGUUGGUUGCGUUUAAACGUUUAAAUUCAUAUCUUAGAGACUGGAUUGAAAAGCAACAUACCCUCACUGAAAGGGGCGUGAUCUUGGAACCUAAAAUGGCGUAAAAUCACAAACCUUUUUGGAUAGAAGAUCAAAACUGCUAUUUUAAGUAAGCUGUCUAGAACAGGUUCCUUAUACAUUAUGACUUCUCUUUUUGCAGAAGAGCUAGAAGGAGACAGUGCUUUUCGCCUAAUCAAGACCGGUCCAUUUGGAAACUGCGAAACUGCGAACACCCUUAGUGAGCGCUACCACCAUGAAAAAGUGAAAGAUGCUAAUAAUUUGAAGGUGAUUAAGCAAACUCCAAAAGCUGCAAACGAAGCUGAGACUAAAGACACCCAAUGGUAUUCGACUGAAGAUGGAAUGAAGCUGUUCGGAUUGAUUCAUGGUGUUUUUCAAAAACAAUUUGAAAUCACAGGAACGAGCAGAGACACGAAGACACAUGACAUAUCCAUCACCUUGAAACGUGGUGGACAAGAGUUCAUCAUUGAUUUCCCUUCCAAUUUUCCCAACGGCAGGGCUGUUCUUAAUUAUCGUGCGAAGAAGCGAGAGAUAAGCUUAAGUGAAAAAGCAACAGAAGGAAAUGUUAAAUCCAGAAAGGGAAGUCAAAAGCAAGACAAGAAAGCAAAGCAAAACACGAACAAGAAGGAAGGAGGGCAAGGAAGAACAAGCAAGAAAGGUGCCGUGGUACCCGACAAAGAGGCAACAGCAGAGGAGGCACCAAACGAGAACGAGAACGAUAACGCAUCAGCUGGCAAGCCGGAAGGUGCAGUGCAAGAGGAAGCAGAGCCACCGAAGCAGCCCAGCCUGGAAGAGAUACCAGAGUUGUUAGUAAAGGGUAUCCGUCAAAUCCUGCAUAGUACAAAUUAA